AUGUCAGAUUCAAACUCCCAGGUCGUGGUUGGCUGCCUCCUUGACGUGUCAGGCUCCAUGCGUAAAACCCUAGAACCUGACUGCUCAAGUGAGCUUGCUAGUGAGCGACUUGGAGAUGUCCUUCGGGCGGCACUCAAGCUAGCACAGGCUGAGAAGCGUCAAAAUCCAGAUGCUCUCAUGUUUGUCAAUGUAUUUAGACUAAGGACAUCGGAAGAGGCGCCUAAUCCACCCGCGGUAGACUUGUGCCGCAUUGCAGAAAGCUUGCUCGGCGAUGUUGGAAAUCAUGAUUCUGGUCAUGACCUCCUCAUCGCUUGCGUUAAUCAGAACAAUGUGGGCCAUAUAUCAAGAUACAUCAGGUCAAAGCUCAGCAGGCGAGAGGCCCGAAUCAUCAACGCAUACCUUCGAAGACACCCCGAAGAGGUGGAGGAAUUCGUCGACGCCAUUCCAUCAGAGGGUACAGUGAACAGUCUACACCGGUCCGCUAAAAUAGUCGGGAUGAUUUUCGGAUUAGUGUUUGGUACUGUGCUAACUGGUGGUGCGGCUGCUUCGGCCGCUGCUGUUACCGUUUCGGGAGCCGUUGGGGGUGCCGUUUCGGGUGCCGUCGGGGUUGCCGUUGGAAGUGCCGCUAGUCAAACAAUCGAAGACAGAAGCGUCGAAAAUUCACGGGCCUUGGCACUGGCUCGUCGCAUCCAAAGGGAAUGGUUACUGGACUUUACUGAAUUUGAGCCUCAACCAGUUUCUGAGGUUAUCGACAUUCUGCAGCGGUUCCAGGACUAUGAAGACCACCAACACCGUAAUCUGGAGGACAAUAACGACAACAAUCAACUCGACACCUUACGCCAGUACAUGUAUGGUCCUACCCCUAUGUAUCAUGCUUUGAGUAAGGCACUACAGGCGUUUCGAAGUAUGCAGAAUGUGGAACAUCGCGUGCUCAUCCUUAUAUCCGAUGACGAGUAA